UAGUUAUAGUUUUAGUUGUAUAUUAUUGUGUCUUAUACGUGCAAGUUUGCAAGUCUGUUACCAAGAUAGUUGUGGCAACUCUGUAUCCCUUGGCUUCAACCAAUUUCUUGAGCACACUCAGCAGCAAAUUUCAACUGUUUUCGCACUGGCAACGAAUAGGAGAGUAACGUUAACACUGGACUGUGCGUUUCAAAUAGGCGUACCCUCAUAUUUUUAAAUGGGAUACUACUAAACAUUAACACUUUUCAGUACAAUGUAGUCAUCUUAAACAUCGUUGUAACCUCAUUAUAAAGUGUGGUUAACGUAAUACUUCUCAGACAGUAUCAAUCAAACCUGAACAUUAUAGAAUUUAUGGUUAGUGUGGUUGUCCAGUAUCUUCAUUGUCUUUACUAUAGACUUUGACACUAACAUGCAGGAUAUAUAAAAUGUUUUUUAAGUGGCAUUGUGGGGUGUACUGUAGAGAACAAUUUUUAUUGAGCGUCAUUAGCCAGCAGUGGCAUGUGACUUAUGUUUAAAUUUGUCACUGAUUCAGGAAUUGCAUUCAAAGUGUUUUAAUUUGGGCACUUUAAAGAUAAAAUUUAAACACUUCAUAAAGAAAUGGACAUGUUUGCUAUUGUUUAAAGGGAUUGCUUUAGUUAAACAGUAGGUUCAGGCAUGUCUUUACAUCUGCAGCUGCAACAUGACAUCAUUGCAGAGCAAAUUGAAUUCUGUUCUAAAUGUUUAAAUGGAUUAAAUGACAUCAAAACUCAACAGGACCAUUAUAAAGCCCAUAUUGUGUUCAGCAUGGAAGAACAGGGGGAUUGUAAUAUGUGCAAUGACACUGACUCAGACACAGCAGAUGGUACCAAGAACGAUGGCACCAAUUGUAAUGUCAAAUGGACUCAGGAAGAGGAUGAAAAUCUCAAAAUCCUCAUCAACAACUUUGGGAAAAAAGAUUGGAAAACCAUUUCCAGUUUUUUUCCGGGGCGGACAGAAUUCCAUUGUAUGCACCGCUGGAAAAAGCAUCUAGAUCCUGAUUUGGUCAAGGGCUUUUGGUCAAAAGAGGAAGAUGAAAAGAUAAUAGAGCUGGUGGGCAGGUAUGGCACCAAACAUUGGUCUUUGAUUGCCAAACAACUGAAGGGGCGGUUGGGGAAACAGUGUCGUGAGCGCUGGCACAACCACCUCGACCCACUGGUCAAUAAGAGCUCCUGGACCAAUGAAGAAGACCUCAUCAUCUAUAAAGCCCACUCCAUUCUCGGAAACCGGUGGGCUGAGAUUGCCAAGCUGCUCCCUGGAAGGACGGACAAUUCAGUGAAAAAUCACUGGAACUGCACCGUCAAACGUAAAGCAGAGUCGGGCUUGUACAAAGAUGAUGCUGACAGCAUUUCCCUUGAUAUUCAACAUUUUGUGGAAGGAGAGGUGGACUUCAAGUGUGACGUUGUAUUAGACACUGAACCAGUAACUCCUAAAAUGAUCUUUCUAGAGAAAGAAAAGAAGCAGGAGUGUCAAAAGGUCAAGCAGAAGACAGCCGUUCCGCCUCCACAGACUUUAGCGUCCAUGAAUCCCCGCAGUUCGAGUUCCAGUCCCAGUUCUAGCUCAGGCGCUGCACCAGUAGCUGCGCCAGUGGACCAGAAAAAGUUUGUCACAGCAGCACUGAGGAUGAUCGCUGAAGACAUGCUGCCACUCAGUUUUGUUGAAGGCGCAGGCUUCAGGUCAUUCAUGAGUACCAUCAGCCCUGAAUGCAACAAGCUGUCCCAGCGUGUCAUGGGUCUACAGCUCUACGAUGAUGUGGAGAGAACCAUCAAGCCUCAGCUCAUCCGCGACCUUAAAGCCUGCCUUGCCAAAACCAAAGAUGGUGAGAGAGCCAUUCAUGUUACCUUUGACCUCUGGGCAGGGGAUCAGUCCCAUCUAGCAGAGGAGCCAAUUGUUGUGGUGCAGCUCCACUUUGUCAGUGAUUCCUGGCAGAUCCGCCGUCCCAUUGUCGCUUUCCGUCACCUCAGCCACAAAAAUCUCAGCACUGCUGUGUCCAGGGAGCUUGAAGGUGUGCUGCUGAGCUACGGCAUCUUUCCUCACAGCAUCGGCUACGUCCUCACCAACCAGGCGAAAGAAGGCCUGGCUGGGAACAGCUUGUUCUGUGACUACAAGAUCAUGUGUUCAUCAAACAGGGGCGAGUCAGAUGGAGAUGAGGUGGUGGCAUUUCUGUCAGAUCAGAUGUCUGAAACAGAGUCCCCCUUUUCAGAGCUUCAGAUUGGGACCAAAACCCCUUGUGUGGCCCAGAAACUGCAGCUUGUGAUUAAGGAGGCACUGAAGAACUCCAGGGUUGUGGAAAACCUGCUCUCACAGGUCCACAAUGUGGUGGCUUUUUUUAGGAGCAGCGCCUACUGGAGCGAGGUCUUGUUGAAGGAGUGCAAUGUGUCCCUGUGCCACUCCUCCAGUAACUGUCGCUGGAACUCCAUGAUGAUAGCUUUACGCCGUAUGGUGCAGGAGUCCGCCUGGAGCACUGUCAUGACUCUCCUAGCCCAGGCUCGCAUAGAGGCAAACGACACAGCCAGCGUCCCGCCUCUGAUCAUGGCCAAGAGGGAGCAAGUGAUCGACAUUCUGGGUCUGCUUGAGCCCUUUGAGGAGGCCUUGCAGGUCCUGCAAGGAAAUGGAGUGACCAUCUCUUUCAUCACACCUUCCCUCGUUGGCCUUGAUAAGACCUUGGAGAGCCUCGUCACCAACUACACCCACUUCAACAAGGCCCUGCGCACAGGCCUCCACAAACAUUUCCAGUCCCUGAUUCACCAGAAGGACAUCAUAUUAGCGGCUGUGCUCGACCCCAGGAUCAAACUGCAGCCGUUUUCUGAUGCCAAACAAGAGGACCAGACAGGUUUCUUAACUCCCCCAUCAAAAUAUGAAGCUCGCAACAUUGUGGAAGCCACAUUAAGAGGUGUGGUGGCCUCAGCAUCUCCCGUUGUAGAGACAGAUAAAGACCAGACAAGCAAGGAGUUGAAAAAGGACCAGGAUGGCGCAGAGGAGAGCCGAGACAACACGCUGAUGGAGGCAUCUGGUGGCAGCUCAGAUGAUAACAACUGCGAGGGAGUAAGUGGAAAUGACCGCAAGCGCAAGUCCAUCUUUAACUUUCUUCAGCCGCCCGCAAAGACAAUGAAGAUGUCAGAGCUUGACGUGUACCUUGCAGAACCACUGUGGGAAAGCAACUCCAGUGUGUCUUACUGGAAAUCUGCAACUCGGUUCCCUACGCUCCAGGGCAUCGCUAGGAAGCUGCUGGCAGUUCCGGCCACCUCAGGUGGCUUUGACCGUCUGUGUCCGAUGGCAGUGUGUAUUGUAAAAGCCAAGAGGAACCGCCUGCCAUCACACACCACAGAGAGACUGCUUCUAUACAAAAACUCUUUAAAGACAAAAACUGUUAAAAAACCUGGUGGGGCCACUAAACACUGAUGAGUUAAGUGAUUAUUGGUUCUGGUUAUUCUGUCCUCCACACUUGCUUUUCUGUACUCAAUACUAUGCUUUCACAUCCAGCUAACACUAUCACUAUCAGGUACUUGAGAACAACAAUGUUUCAACCUUGCAAUAGGAGUUAACAGCAGCAAAAUAUAUUACAAGUACAUUGAAGAUAAGGGCAAGCUACUCAAAAUAUCCGUUUUGCAGAAAUAACGAGAUGCAGCACAAUGGCAGCCAGCAGGAUGAGUACAGACUGUAGUCAAUUCUCUAUGAAAGUGAAAGUAAAAGGUCGCUUCUCUUCACAAAAAGUAGCUGAACUGCAUUUCAAGCAGUAUGUAUUAAAUACUUCCCAUACUUGAGCAUAAUGCAACACUAAAAAUGUAAUAUGAAGUGAGAAUUAAAAUGCCUUUAGAACAAGAAUUCUCGGAAAAACUUUUGCUGCCGCUAACCUUUCAAAGACAAAGGAGAAAAUGCAUCUGUGGUCGAAGUCCUGAUGUGUAGGAUUUGAAAUAUUCUCUGAUUUUGUGACUCCUACUGGUAAUAUAAAAAAAAACCCAGUGUGUCAGACAGUGCACACCCACAUAUACCUUUAUACCUUUAACAUCAGCCUGUGUUUUCUUUACGCAGAAAGUGGAUAUUUAUUGCUGUACUCCUACACAGUGUGGCUAUUCAGUACCUAAAGCAAAAAAUGAGUAAUGUUUUCAUGUAAAAAUUUAGGAGUGCCAGACAAUGCAUUGUACAUUUUUGUAAUCAUGUUUUUGUUCUUCCUUGUAAUUUAUUUGUUGUGUAUGUUAUACAGUAAGUGCAGACAGACUGUGUAUCAGGUGACAGUAAAUUAAAUGAGAGGCUGCACUUUUUCAGCUUUUUGUAAAAGCCAUGUGUAUUGUCUUAGUCUUUUUACAAUUUGUGUAUAUUUUACAUUGGUUAUUGGUCAGCAAUGCUUCAAAGUUGCCACAAUGCGUUGCUUUCUCGAAAGCCUUGACGUUCAAUUGUUUUGUUCUUUACUGGACUGUGAUGUUUGAUGGGGUUGAUGGGAAAAGUCACUCUGUAUUUUAUGUUGACAUUAUUAGAUGGGUAUGCUUUUAAAAAAACUAAAGUUUAUAUUGAAUGACAGCUGACUGAUUUUAUAGCAGUGAUGAUUGAUCACAGGUAAUAAACAUCAGAGUGAACUUGAGUCCUUUCACCCCUUGUGUCGCCACAUGGAAAUAUCCAGAGAAUGUAUGUUGUAUAUUAAAGAAUAAAGCUAUUCUCU